AUGUCAGAGCACAGCAGCACCACAGAUGGGGAUGUGGACCCCCAGCAUGGCUUAUAUAUGCUGAUCCUGCUGAUUUUGGUCUUCUUUGUCAUGGGUCUUGCCGGCUUUCUCAUUUGCCAUAUCCUAAAGAAAAAGGGAUACCGCUGUAGGACAUUCAGUGAUGAAUUUGACUUUGACAACAAGGAAUCACUGACACAACUCCAAGAUGAUGAUGAUGAGGAUCUGAAUGAGGAUACUGUAGAAAAAAUAGUGAAAUGUAUCAUUCAAAAUGAAGCAAAUGUUGAAGUUCUGAAAGAAAUGCUUGGAGAAAGUGAUGCUGAUCUCCCACUGCCAGUGCCUGUACCCAGUGCUCUAUGCCCACAUCGCAGCAGCCAAGAUGGUGGCAUUCCUCAUCACCACACAGUGCACUUAGGUUCAACACAAGCACCUUGCAUUCAUUGCAGCAAGAAAAAGAGACCUCCCAUACAUCGUCAGGGCCGGUUAAAAGAGAGCAAAAGCAAGAUGCACCCUGGGGAAACAACAGUCUUUUCAGUUGGCAGAUUUCGUGUCACCCAUAUUGAGAAAAAAACCGUUUCCCAUGAAUCCCAGGAAGAAUCCUUUCAUGAGAACAAGCCGGAUGUAGCUGAUACAAACCAGGAGACUUAUAGCAAUGAGAAACUUCAAUGGACUGGGUCACAGAAUGGAAUUGUUCAUACAGAUGGAGUACAGGAAAGAAAAUUAGUUCAGCCAGAUUCUGAAAGACCACCAAAGGAGACUACUGUAGAUGAUUUAACUCAUUUAAAUUUAACAGCCAAUACAAAUAUAGCCAUCAAUGAAACAGAGGGAGGAUACCCUAAGGCACAUUCUUCACAAGAAGCAAUAAACUCUGCUGCUAGUUAUGCAACUGAGACUAACUCCACUCCAGGACCCAAAGAUCUUUCAUCAGAAGAGCUAGAGGAGGAUAAAAAAGCUGAACAGAUGGGCCAUCAGAGAGUAGUUUAUGAAGUAUCAGAUAACAAACAAGGACAAGUUCUUUCAAUAGGACCCGAACUGGAAAUUUGCUCAGUAGAGCAAGUGGCAUAAAGCAUCAGGUCCUACCAACUGCAUGCUCCUUAGCAUAAGUUGCUAAGGAGAAAGAUCCACAUGGAAUAGACCUCAGGCUUGCAAGCAUGAAGUUGCUACAUCAAAGCAGACUAAUCCUAGCUGGAAAAGCUACUCUCUACUUGGCGUGGUCAGACCACCAAAAGGACAUGCUACUGUUAUCAGUAAGGCUGGCAAAUUCCAUAUUCCAAUCAUUCAUUCCAAAAGCAGAACAAUAAUCACAGAAAUAAGAGCAUGUUGUAGAGUAAACAAACAUUAGUGGAAAUCCAAGCCCCUCUGUGCUCUUGAAAACUUUGCUAAAGUCAAUGUUUUACUAAUAUGUGUCUUUUAAGAGAACAGGAUGUAUUAGCAUGCCUCCACUGAUAAGAAUUCUAUUCUUCAUCAUACUAGGGCUCAGUAUGAGGUACUUGCAAUAAACCCAAUCUCAUAGACUGAAGCUUCUACCGUUAACAAUAGAAAAAGCAACUAACAAAUUAUUCUAGCUCAUGGUAGUUGGCAUUCAUCUCUCACACAAAUGUUUCCCUAGCAGCUCUGGGUGGCAUAUUUCUGAUGCACGAUGGUCUUGUUUCUUUCAGAGGGCAAACCACAUCCUCCAGUUCCCAAGAGAUCUCAGCCAUGUAGGGGGAAUGAAUAGGAUAAAAAGGUUCUGGGUUCUUUGCAUAUGUAGUGACUCAGAUAAGACAACAGCUAAAUUGUUUAGAUUUGUGUGCAUUCCUGUGCCCAUUUUAACUUUGAAACACAAUGCCUCUGAGGUCUUUAUUAAAGUGGUAUUUGACUUGUAAGUGCUGUAUACCCAGGAGCAAUGGAUAUCACAUUGCCAAGCAUUGACCAAAUCUUGCUACUGAGGAACUGCAUUUUCUUUAUUGAGUAUAGAUCUGUCUCAGCACAGGGGAAAGACACCUUUUCUAGGAAUGCAAUAAAGAAAUUGGUAUUUUCCUAGCUAAUGGUAGGAAAACAGUAUUCCAAGGAUACUGUUCUUGUUUCCACAAAUCAUAUAACUCCUGUAACAUAGUCAAGCAGCAACUUGCUUUGAGCUUUUUCAUUGUGGUGUUCAACACAAAAGGCUGAACAUGUACACAUGACAGAUAUCUUUGCUCAGUAAAAACCCUGGAGGUUCACAUGAAAAUUCUGGAUAGAUUUUUCUUUCUAGGAACAAAGACUUGAAUCUGAAUUUUGGGAUCAACUAAACCCUUUAGAACUUUCCUAUCAUGUUCUUCUGUAAAUAUUAAUUAAAAAGCCAUGAUAUAAAUCCUA